AGAAAAACAAUUUUAAACAUUACUACCCUCAUAGUCUGGAACUUAGCUUUGCGCAAACAAGUAAUAAGAAAUUUCAAGUGAAAACAAUUCAUAUAGUUUUAAAUUUUGAAGGCAUUCUGUUCUAUUUCACUCGAUUAUAUAACAUGCUGAGCUUGAAUUGAAUGCACAAAAACACAAGAAGAAAACAAUUUCUGAACUCGAAUUAAGUCAAUCAUUGUUAAAGUGUAUAGAACAAGGAGCGAUGAAGAAAGGAACUUUGCGUUUCAUCCUAUUUGCCGUGGUAAAUGUGAAUAUAAAUUGUGCUACGUCUUUGGUGGAAAGUAACGGAACCGCCGCCAAAGAUAUUGACGGGGAAAUGUUGUUGAAUAUUGGGAGAAAGCUUAAUAAGCCGAUGAUAACAUUGCUUGGAAUGGCGAUACGGAAUCUUGAAAACCUUCAUCCUUGCGAUGACUGGACACAGUGGUCAGAUUGUGGAACGGUUACAGAAGGAUAUAUUGCUACCAGAAAACGUACGAGAAUGUGUGGAAGAAAUCCGUCCGCAUUGCAACACGGAAAUAAAACAACGGAAACGGACAUAAGUAUCUGUGAGGGAUUUUGUCCACAGGACUAUAACGUUACGGCGAAUGGAUUCUGUGUUAAACUGUAUGUGAGUGCAAAAACAUUUGAUGACGCGCAGAAGCAAUGCAGAGAGGACGGGGGCCAUUUGAUCAACAUUGAUACCGACUUGAAAUACGGGGAUGUCAAGGCUGUCCUGAAGGGAUUUAGCAAGUAUGUUUUUAUCGAUGGUCGUCGUAAGGAUUCGAGCUCGCCAUGGUUGGUAGAAAACGGCUCAAAGAAAAUUUUCUUCCGCUGGGCAUCAGGAGAACCGGGCACCUCCUUAUGUAUGCUUAUACACUAUUCCAAUCAAUUGUUUUAUGAUUAUACCUGCACAAGCGUUUUGCCGUUCUUGUGCGAAAAAGUACAGUGAGUUAAUGAACUCUACGUCUUAUAAGCUACAUUUCAAGGGAGCAAACAUUGUUUCUCUGAGUUUGGCCGGAGACUUAAAAAAAAACACCUAUGGACAUAAAAAUCAAACAAAUUAAUUGAAAUGUUUUGUUCUUAGACAGAACAUGCUUUCUAAUGUACGUGUUAUUCUAUAAUAUGUGAAUAUGGUACGCAAUAUUUAAUGGCAUAUACCUUAGACCACAUGUUCACUGUUUUCAUUUUAGCGGUAUCGUGACUUUUUGCUCUCGGGCUAUUUUAAGGAAACGCGUUUCAAUUACCAACGCUGCUUGACUUUGGAUGUGCCAGACAGUUCUAUAUUCCACACAUUGGAAUUAUCUAUUAUUUAGGCUAGCCUACUGGUCGAACAGAUCAAUAUUAACAUUAUAUUCUAUUCAGGUGAACUGUGAUGCGUGAUCUAUGGUAUAAUACACUCAAAAUUAUUAUAUAAAUCGCCGGUCUAUAGUUUCUGCCAUAUAACUGGUAUAUAUGAAAUAUAUGCUAGGUGGGAUGAUAAGUCGAAAAUAUAAAUAUAACAUAUA